UCCCCCAGCUCCACCGUGGAGAUAUAAAGGCACUGCCAGCAGGCGGGGGAGCAGGACAGGGGGAAGUGGAGAGCAGGCCUCAAAGAUGGAAGCCGCCCGCCUGUUGCUAGUACUGACUCUGCUCUCAGGAAGCCUCAGGGAAGGCCGAGGCCUUGAUGAGGGACUCGGCUCCCAAGAGCUCUUCGCAGAGGAACCCAAUGCAAAUCCAGAGAGACUUUUGGACUGGAUGCAGCAAGAGAAUGAGGAGCAUGUGGUCCAGAGCCCCCCGGAAGAGCAUCCGCUGGGCAGCCUUCUCCGUUCCCUGCUGCAUGCUGUGCAGAGACCAGGGCGCAGCCCGUCCUUCCUAUUCCAGCCUCAAAGGUUUGGCCGUGACGCCAGAAGCAGCCCCAGCAAUAGUGGUCGGAUCAACCUCCGGGCUUGGGAUUCCAUGGCACCCCAGUUUCUGAGUAUGGCUACGCCACAGCGCUUUGGCAAAAAAAAGUGAAGCAGGACCCAGCGGGAUCAAACCCCACCAUGGACUGUUGCCAACC